UCGUCGUAAUAAUAAUCAGUAACGGUUAUGAAUUAGACAGUUGCGCCGGUGCUAAGAAGUUAUUUAAGGUAAAAAGAAAAAAAAACGUAUUAAUUUUUUCCUCCUUUUCAAUACUCUUAAUAAUGAUUUCAUACAUUUUUUAUAUCGUGUUAACAUCGUUCGCAUUAGCACAAGGAAAUAAUCCAACAGAGAAAAUAAACAUCACCGUGUAUUACGAGGUGUUAUGUUACCACAGCGUGAAGCUCGUUCAAACGCAACUAUAUUCAACAUGGACCGAGUUACGAGAUUACAUCAAUGUGGAAUUCGUACCUUUUGGCAAAGCUGCGAUUGAAAAAUUACCAAAUGGAACUUGGAAAGCUGACUGUCAACAUGGUCAGUAUGAAUGCUACGGUAAUAUAAUUCAAGCUUGCGCUUUAGAUGAAUUCAAAAAUGACUCGAAUAAAGCUGUAGAAUUCGUUCAUUGUUCGGUUAGUUACAAUUCAAAGUACCCUUUUAACACGACAUCGACGUGUUUCGAACGAAUUAAAAAUGAUACAGAAAGUAUUGAAAGAUUUAACCAAUGCAAGACAACAGAUAAAGGUUACGAAUUGUUGGCCAAAUAUGGUGAUAUGACUCCAAGUAUAAGCUACGUUCCCACUAUGUAUUUCAACGGAGUAUACGAUGUAAAUUUCGACGACAAAGCUCGAAAGAAUUUAACGCAGGCUGUUUGCGAGUUGAUAAAAUCUGCGAAACCUUCGGCUUGUGUAAAGUUGGAAUGAAACCGUUAUUUUAAUCGUGAUAGUAAACUGAUUAUUAUAUAGUAGCGUAAUUCCGUAUAUAUAUUUUAUAUGUACUAUAUAGCUUUAAAUAAAGUAAAAAAAAAUAACAACAACAACAGCAAAAAUGUACGCGUGAAAUAAUUAAAAAUCUUGCGCUAUGUACGAAAAAGAAGAGAGAAAAAACUUCACAAGGAACCCAUAGAGAUAAUUAUAUUUUAUUAGUAGCCUAUUUAGUUAGGUUCUCGUUCGCAUACGCUUUAUAUAAAGAUAAAUUAAAUGUACGUAGGUAGGUAUACUGUGAACGGUGAACAGUGAACAUCAACAAACCGGAAACAGUUCUAAAUGGCAAUGUACUCGUAAAUUUUAUUUAAAAUUUGGAUUGUGUAAGUAUUGAAAAAAAAAUGCGGCAAUAAAUUUUAAAAUUUG